GGAAGCUUUGCUUCAUAAUAUACACACACUCACACACUACCAGGAAUCAUAUCAAAAAAGUAAAAAUUAAAAUAUACACAAAAAGGACAUGUUAUGCAAUCCCAACCCUCCCCUUUCACCCAAAAGCGGGUCAUUCUUUAAAGAAAGGCGCCCAUUCCUGUUGUACACCCUGAUUUUAGUCCUGCUCGGAGGGACCUUUCGCUUUCUUUAUAAAGCUUAUUGGGGUCAAGAGCGGUCUAAAUUCGUGCGCUUCAACUCGGAAGAACCCACCCCCAAGAAACUCCACAAGCAUCGAAAGCGACACUCUAAAAGCGCGAAGAUUGAUCACAAAUUGCCAUCGGUUAUCCUCCUGCUUGGCAUCCACGCUAGUGGGAAGACGGAAUGGGCUAAGCAGUACGUUGAGCGGGUGUGCGAGACAGCUAUCAUAAUCCGAUCUGAUGAUAUUCGAAAAACCCUGAACAACUCUGUGCAAGAUCACACGAAAGAAGACGAAAUCGAAGCAUCGAUGUUGAAGGAGUUUGAGCAAGAAAUCAACCUUGAACAAACCAUCGUUGUUGAUGAUUGUGAGCACAAUUUAAAUCCCGAAUUCCGACGGAAAAUUCUUGACCUUAUUCCUCCCGGAAAGUUUAAUCUUGUUGUCCGAUGCUUCCCAUUAAAACCCAUCUUCGCGAGUGAGCGUAUCAUAAAGGAUACCAAGGAGGGAAAGGAACACUACGUGGCGACAGAUUUGGAGUUAGAGAAAUUGGCUUUGCAAUUUUCCGAAGCUCAAGAAGCUCUCAAAAAUGAGGGUUGGAUUGAGAUAAAAGACUAAUUAUAUUCAUGCUAUGUAUUACUGUCUGUAUUCCAUUUCUCUCUAACUUCUAUAUUAUUUGUGUAAUUUUAUACACACGAGACGAGCUAUAUAUCAUUUUACAUAAGCACGUUUCCUCUCAGCCUAAAUGUUUUGUCUAGUAAAGGACAAACAUUUUUAUAUCCUAGCAAACUCUAUAACAUAGUAAAAAAAUGAGUAUGAAAUCAACUUAGCGUCUAUAGA